GGGCUCCGGGAGCGACGGCCUCGGUCCCAUUCCUGCCCGCGGGCCGCCCGCGGCCUCAGCGCGAGCCCUGCCCUCGCGCCCUGGCCGUUCCUCAGCGACGGGCGAUGGCGGCGGCGCCUCCCCCGGCCGGCGGCGUGGGCAGGGCCUGUUGGGCGGCCGAGGGCAGCCACGGGCCCGUCCCCGCUGGGCCGAGAGGACAGGGCUGACCUCCGAGCGGUGGCGACGUUGGGAGCCGCGUUUUUGAGGAAAAGUCUCGUAUGUCGAGGACGAACCGCACCAAAGCAGUUUAAACCCGCCCCCGAGCUUCGUGAGCUGCCGUCGGCGCGUGUGGUGCAUAAUGGCAGAAGCUACGGCCUCUCCUCUGAAGCACUUUGUGCUGGCUAAAAAGACAAUCACUGCCAUCUUUGACCAGCUGCUGGACUAUGUCACUGAGGGAGCAACUUUUGUGGAAGCAACAUACAGGAACCCAGAGCUCGGACAUAUAGCAACAGAAGAUGAACUUGCAAAAAUACAGGCAUAUAAAAAUAAGUUAGCAGUCAUCGGGGAGGUGCUGUCACGGAGACACAUGAAAGUGGCAUUUUUUGGCAGAACGAGCAGUGGGAAAAGUUCAGUCAUUAAUGCAAUGCUGUGGGAUAAGGUGCUUCCUAGUGGGAUUGGCCAUACAACUAACUGCUUUCUCAGCGUGGAGGGGACAGAUGGAGAUAAGGCUUAUCUCAUGACAGAAGGAUCAGACGAAAAGAAGAGUGUCAAGACAGUCAAUCAGCUUGCUCAUGCACUUCACAUGGAUAAAGAUUUGAAAGCUGGCUGUCUUGUCCAUGUCUUUUGGCCCAAGUCAAAAUGUGCCCUGCUGAGAGAUGAUUUGGUUUUGGUGGACAGCCCUGGCACAGAUGUCACUACAGAGCUGGACAGCUGGAUUGACAAAUUCUGCUUAGAUGCUGACGUAUUUGUCUUGGUUGCCAAUUCUGAAUCGACUCUGAUGAACACGGAGAAACAUUUUUUCCAUAAAGUGAACGAACGACUUUCCAAGCCAAACAUCUUCAUCUUGAAUAAUAGAUGGGAUGCCUCUGCAUCAGAACCAGAAUAUAUGGAAGAUGUGCGUAGGCAGCACAUGGAGCGCUGUCUGACGUUUCUAGUUGAUGAGCUCAAAGUUAUUGAUCCUGUAGAAGCCAGGAACCGCAUCUUUUUCGUUUCAGCAAAAGAAGUUCUGAGUGCCAGGAGGCAGAGGGCCCAAGGAAUGCCAGAGGGCGGUGGAGCUCUGGCUGAAGGAUUUCAAACGAGAUUCCAGGAAUUUCAGCAUUUUGAACAGAUAUUUGAGGAGUGUAUCUCGCAGUCAGCCGUGAAAACCAAGUUUGAGCAGCACACUAUCAGAGCUAAACAGAUAAUAGACACUGUGAAAGACAUUAUGGACGCCAUAAACGUAGCAGCAGCAGAGAAAAGGGUCCAUUCCAUGGAGGAGAGGGAGGAUCAGAAGGAUCGCUUGGACUUUGUUCGGAACCAGCUGAACCUGCUGACGGAAGAUACGAAGGAAAAAAUCAAACGUGUUACUGAGGAAGUAGAAAACAAGGUCUCCUGUGCCAUGACUGAUGAGAUCUGCCGACUGUCGGUUUUAGUGGAUGAAUUUUAUUCAGAUUUUCACCCUUCUCCUCAGGUUUUGAAGCUCUACAAGACAGAACUGAACAAACACAUAGAGGAUGGUUUGGGAAAGAACCUGGCUGAUCGUUGCUCCAGUGAAGUCAAUCAGUCGAUGCAUCAGUCGCAGCAGGAGAUCAUUGAAAACCUGAAACCGUUGUUGCCUUCUGGUGCUCAGAAUCAGCUCCACUUGCUAAUUCCAUGCAGGAAGUUUGACCUUAGCUAUGAUCUAAACUGUCACAGCCUGUGUGCGGAUUUUCAGGAGGAUAUCAUGUUCCACUUCUCCUUGGGAUGGACUUCGCUUGUGAACCGUUUCUUGGGCCCUAAACAAGCUCAGAGGGUACUGUUAGGACUGGCAGAUCCAAACUUCCAAAUCCCUCGUCCCUUAGCUGCCACCCCGUCAGCCGCGGGCCUUCCCACCACAGCUCCAGACAACGUGUCGCACGAUGAUUUCAUGGUGCCCUUGGUAAUGACUUUGGCCUCACUGACAUCACGGACCUCCAUGAGCAUCAUCAUUGUUGGAGGAGUGAUUUGGAAAACAGUGGGCUGGAAACUCAUCUCCUUUUCCCUAAGCAUGUAUGGGCUGUUGUAUCUUUACGAGAGACUCACCUGGACCACCAAAGCAAAAGAGAGAGCUUUCAAGCAGCAGUUUGUGAACUAUGCGACUGAGAAGCUGCAGAUGAUUGUCAGUCUGACCAGUGCCAACUGCAGCCAUCAGGUGCAGCAGGAGAUGGCCACCACCUUUGCUCGGCUCUGUCAGCAGGUGGAUAUUACUCAGAAGAACCUGGAAAAUGAAAUUGCCAGGCUCUCCAAAGAAAUAGAUCAGCUGGAGAACAUUCAGAGCAGCUCCAAGCAUCUAAGAAAUAAAGCCAUUCACCUUGAGAAUGAACUAGAUCGCUUUACCAAGCAUUUUCUUCAAAAGAGCAAAUAAGUCAUCCCUGGUAACUUUCCUGCUGAUCCUUUGUAGGACAAGGUAGAAGUUUUACAGAUAACACUUCUCCUCUGUGGAGUCACAUGAAAUAAUUUAUAUUUUAAAUGCUACUUUGAUUACAAUCAUUCAUUAUUGUAAAACUUGGACUCUGAUGGUGAACCAAUCUGAAGAGCUGUGGUACUCUGAGUGUUAUGUUUGUUUUGCAGAUUUGGGGUUAAAAAUUAUCUUUACACACUAAAUUUCUUUGGGCACUUGACAAUAAAAGCCCCACUCGGUAUCAGUUCUCGUUAGUGUCGAGCAGGGCCAGUCUCACUUCCUGGCACCCAGGAGUUGAUGCAGGGAGGGAGUUGUGACCCUCAGCAUUGGUGCCCGAGUGCAGCUGCUUGUCCCUGUGUGCCUGGGUGGGGAAAGGACUCGAGUUGUCUGGAAAGCAGGUGAAAGUGUCUUGGGCAGCAGUUGCUCCAGUGGAGGUGAAGGGUAAUGGUAAAGCACGGUGUGCUCACCCGUGAAAGGCUUGUUUCCCUUUGGGCUGCCACCCCGAGCCAAGGUGGCUUCGAGGAAGUAAAAACAAACCUUCCAAGGAGCUUGUCAGAUUUGUCACAGGUGCUGAAGUACAGGGGAGAGAACAGGGCUGGAACCCAAGCCCCGUGGAGCUGUGGGGGAGGUCACUGGCCGCAGCCAGGCCCCGGACUCGCCGUUCGCAGGGUGGGGGCAGCGCUGGGGCUGGGCCGGGCCGUUGUUCCUCAGGCAGUACCCGCAGCGAGCCCCCGGCUGUGCUGUAGCCCCGGGCUCUGCUCACCUCACUCACCUCCAGCAACUAAAAGCCUCUGUCAAAAGAAAAGGUUCCUGCUGAUGCCAUCUGCAUCACUUCGCAUCUGCUUUUUUUCUACCUAGACUUUUUAAGCAUUUUAAGAGACAAAAGCUUUUCAGAAUAUUUAUAUAUUUUUAUGGAAUGUUACCACGAGUGAAUGAAAUCCUCACCUGAGCUGGGGGAGCUGCCACUCCACCAAGGGCUAUCUUAAAACUGAUUCAAAAGCUGAUGCUGGAGGCAGUUGAUUAUUUAAAGAGCACUGUUUUCACCAUCAUGUGUGUUGGUGUUUGUUUCUGACUGUGGUGUUUCUGGCACGUGUGGCUCCAUGGGAACUGUCCUUAGCAGGGUGGGGGGGCUCAAGGGUGUGUGGGGAAACUGUAAAAUAAGGAGCAGCAGCCUGGGUUUCUUGUGUAUGAGGUUGCAGAUCUGUACAAGUGCUCUCAUUCUGGAGCAUUUUUAUGGACAUUGUAUCAAGAUAAAACUUUACAUGCACGUGUUCUACAGUUAUUUAUUAAAAAACUGCGCCCUCUU